AUGCUCUAUCUCGUCAGCGUUAAUAAAUCACAUGAGGGAGCCGAUGAGUUGCCAGCAAUUGUGCCGUUUGAGUCAAGUCAAUCUUCUCUUUCAUCAGCCAGAAGGCCUUUUUCUCUUUCUCUCUUUCACUCCCUACUUUUGCUACACAUUCUUCUUUCUCGUCGCACUCUUUCUUCCUUUGCCUUUCUGUUUCUUACGCUCUCACUCUCCCCACCUCUUCGCUUUUGCUCACUUUUUCCUAAUUCCAUCUGCUUUUCGUGUGUAUCCACUCCUCUCUCUCUCUAUCUCUCUAUCCCUCUCUCUCAGUCUUUCUCAGUCGCCUUUUCCCUCAACCACUUUCUGUCACUCAUGCGCAGAGUGAUGAAGUCAACCUUUGGAUCUUUCUCCUUUUUUUUAAUUCGUUCUAUCUCGAUGUCUAUUUUGUUCUCUCUUUUUCGAAAUUGCCUUUUUCUUUUGCUCUCUCUCUCUCACUCUCUCUCUUCUUCUUCUUCUUCUUUUACUCACUCUCUUUUUCCCUAUUUCAUUCUAUUCAUUUCUUUUUGCUCUCUCUCUCUUUCUCACCUGAUAUUUCUCUUUCGUUUUCCUUGCCUUUGA